GGCUCGGCGACGAACGAGUGGAGGCGAGGUCCCGGGUGGGCGCGGGGCGCAGGGGCGGCGCGGCCGGGUGGUGGGUCGGGCGGGUAGGUGGACGGCGCCGAGGGGCGAGGCCUGGCUGCAGGGGCCGCUUGGUCCAGAGGGAGCCCGCGCCCGGCUCAGCCUUGCAGCCAGCCCCGCGCCCUGAGCAUCUCCCGGAGGACUCGAGACAAAGGAGGAUUCAUGUCCAAAGGGCUCCCAGAGGCCAGGACGGACGCAGCUAUGUCAGAGCUGGUACCUGAGCCCAGGCCUAAGCCGGUGGUGCCCAUGAAACCGGUCAGCAUCAACUCCAGUCUGCUAGGCUACAUUGGCAUUGACACCAUCAUUGAACAGAUGCGCAAGAAAACCAUGAAGACUGGUUUUGACUUCAACAUCAUGGUCGUUGGUCAGAGUGGACUGGGCAAGUCGACGCUGGUCAACACACUCUUCAAGUCCCAAGUGAGCCGAAAGGCCUCCAGCUGGAGCCGGGAGGAGAAGAUCCCUAAGACAGUAGAGAUCAAAGCGAUUGGGCAUGUGAUAGAGGAAGGUGGUGUCAAAAUGAAGCUGACAGUCAUCGACACGCCAGGCUUCGGGGACCAGAUCAACAAUGAAAACUGCUGGGAGCCCAUUGAGAAAUACAUCAAUGAGCAGUAUGAGAAGUUCCUGAAGGAAGAGGUGAACAUCUCCAGGAAGAAGCGCAUCCCAGACACUCGUGUCCACUGCUGCCUCUACUUCAUCUCCCCCACAGGACACUCCUUACGACCACUUGAUCUUGAGUUCAUGAGACACCUGAGCAAAGUGGUGAACAUCAUCCCUGUCAUUGCCAAGGCUGACACUAUGACCCUGGAGGAGAAGGCCGAAUUCAAGCAGAGGGUUCGCAAAGAGCUUGAAGUAAAUGGCAUUGAGUUCUACCCUCAGAAGGAGUUCGAUGAAGAUUUGGAGGACAAGACAGAGAAUGACAAAAUCAGGCAGGAGAGCAUGCCCUUUGCUGUGGUGGGGAGUGACAAGGAGUACCAAGUGAAUGGCAAGAGAGUCCUUGGCAGAAAAACCCCCUGGGGGAUCAUCGAAGUGGAAAACCUCAACCACUGUGAGUUUGCCCUGCUUCGAGACUUUGUCAUCAGGACUCACCUCCAGGACCUCAAAGAAGUGACCCACAACAUCCACUAUGAGACUUACAGGGCCAAGAGGCUCAAUGACAAUGGAGGCCUCCCUCCGCUGUGCGCCUCACUCAAGAGGUCUGGGGAAGGUUUUAUUUUAAAAUGCUGGGAGCAGGGAGAAGGCCUCCUGGGCACUGCCCUUCCGCCUGUGCCAGCUACCCCCUGCCCCACUGCUGAAUGAAGUCCAUUUCAAGCGCUGCUUCUCCCUCAUUCCUCCCAGCUGUAACUGCUGCAGGGCCAAGCCCCUUUUAAUGCCAUGCUUGUCCAGCCUACCACCACAGCCCCUCUCAACCCUCCUUAGCAGGUGAGAGGGGCCAGCUGCCUCUAGGACAGUAGCUUCUUCCCUCUAGCCAAACUGCUCCUCUCCUAAUGGAAUGGAGUUCCUGCCAGCCAGCAUUGCCCUGCUCCAUCGUCUGUCAGCAGCCCCAGCCCAUGUGUAGGGAGAAGGAACUCACCGAGAGCUUCUCCAGCCCUUGCAAGCCCAUACCAGCGACUUGUCACGUCUCCAAGGGAACCAGCAUUGCUUUCUAGCUAUUCAUCUGCAUGAGUACUCUCUUGGCUCCCUUAAAUGGCCAAGAAAGCAAUUUUCUGCUUGUCAGAGUCACUGAGGUCAGCUGUGUGAGCCCCCCUGUGGGACAAGGGUGUCUCCUUCGUUGCUUAGAGGUAUUUAUAAGGGUGAUUCAUUACAGAUGUUGGGGAGCAAGGGGGCUAGGGUCACUUAG